GCGCUUGGUUGGUUGGUUGGUUAGCUGUUGGUCUGUAUUACUGUUCGCGAAGUUUACGAAGCGCCGCGUCGUGAUACGCGCGGGUUUGUGUUCCGUGUUUGACUUCUCUACGGUGCGAAGCAAACACUCAGUGAAGCCUUUCGCUGAGUGCAACAGUGUGUGUGCGUGUGUACCGCGAAACGCGGAUCUUGUGGAUUGCAUUAAAAUUUCGAUUAAAAGCUCGGAUUCACUUUAAAAAGAACCUCCAUCACGUCGAACGUGCUUCUCAACAUCGAAAAUUAACGCUGCAAACGAGCCAAGUAGUGGCGAGUAGUGUGUAAAGGUGGAAGUUAAGGGAAGCAAACUUUGCCACACACCAUCAGGAUGGAACUUUCCAGGAUAAAAGUGCUCCACUGUGGCGUGAUAUUGCAGCUGCUGUUCGUCUUUGCCUCUCCGCUACCAUACACGAAGUAUGGACGUACCUGCAGCGAUAUCGGUUGCCUGUCCAGCCAGGUGUGCGUGAUGGCGUACGAGUCGUGCUCGAUCGGGCAGCGCGAGGGCAACGACUGUGGCCGGUAUCCGACUUGCAAGAAGAACACCGAUCCCAGUGUCAGUGCUGGACCGAGCGAGGGUGCCAGCAACGUGUACAGCAACGGACCGAAACCAUCCGCUCCGGUAGCAUCCGGUGGCAGUAACAGCGAUGACGAUGUGCUGGGCAGUCUCGGUCUCAACCCGAACAAUCCUUACGGUCAGCGGCCAACGCCGGCCCCAACCCGUCCCUUCCUCUAUCCUUCUUUGCCCACGAACAACAACAACAACAACGGUGGAGGCCAGUACGGUAACGGUGGAUACUCCAGCGGUGGUGGUGGUGGUGGUGCCGGCCAGUAUGGUAAUGGUGGAUACUCCGGUGGCGGCGGUGGUGGUGGCCGUCCGUCGUCCGGUGGUUCGUUCAACGGGGCCGGUGGUAACAUCGUGGUGCCAACGCAGAAACCGGCAGCCGGUGGUGGCGGAUUCUUCGGUGGCAUCUUGAGCGGAGUACAGAAUGCGGUCUCGAAUGCGGUCAAGCAGCAGGUUGGCACGUACAUCAAUCAGCGGCUCGGUCUAGGGCCGGCAGCCGGAACCGGUGGUUCCGCCGGUGGUCUCGGUGGUCUCUUCGAUGCACGCAACCUAAUCGACAACAAGCGUCUCGGUGGACUGUUUGCCGAGAAUAAUCCGAGACCAGCGGGCACCGGCUCUUCGCCACAGGGUGGCCAAUCGUACGGUGGUGGUGGCAGCUCGAUCGGUCCCGGUGGCUAUCCGGUGACGGUAGAUCAACGUACUUCGGCCACACAGUACGCACCGCAGUAUGCUCAACCGGGUCAAAGCUACGGUUACCAGAACGCCCAGAACUCCUACUCCUCCGGUGGUCGGGCCCGUGCGGCUACCACCGCGCGUCCUGCGUACGGAUGGAACACCCAGUAAGGAAGGUGCCCUCCGCGAACCACCUCAAUACUCCACCUACCCCAAUACUCCGCACCGCGCACCGCAACCGUGUGCAGCAUUAUGUUAUCCCUUCCACACACGCACACACGCACGUGACACACAUUCGACCUAACGGUGGAACAGACGCUGCAGCACCUUAUCGUUCUGCUUUAAACGUCCUCCAGCGAAAGGUAGCAACCACCGGAAGCAGACCGCGCUGCUCUAAUGAUCUAUCUCAUUAGAGUGAGAGAGGAAGCGAGAAAGAGAGAGAGAGAGCGUGAGCCGCUGUGUUGGCACUGUACGAGGGCAGGGAAGUGCUUCAGUUUCGAUUUUCUGUGUCUUUAAAAUGUGUACACAUUAUACUUGAUAUUUCUUUUUGAAUCUAUAUUUUAAUAAAAAAAAAAACAACAAGAUGUGACUAAACAGAGGAAAACAAAACAGAUCCCUAAUAAACUCAAAGAGUAAAACGGAA